GCCUGAGAGCGAGCGAGAGAGAGAUACUGAGAGAGAGAGAGAGAGAGAGAGAGAGAGAGAGCAGACACACAGAGAGAAAGAGAAAGAGGCACAGAGAGCAGCAGCUGUGAUGAAGAGCCCUGUCCGGUUGUCUGUUUAUUAUUGCUGCCACUGUUUUAAACCGUCAUGAUAAGCUAGUUAACCUCGGUCAGCUCCAUGGUGGCCCGGCCAGCAGCCGCCUCUCCGCCGCCCUGCGCUCACUGAUCCCCCGCACCGCCUGCUAUCAUCCCCGCCGGGGCUCCGCUGGGUCUUUGGAUCUCCCAGAAGAACCAAGCUUCUAAAGAUGAGUCCUCAGAACUCAAAGAAAGCUCUGGACGGGGGCUGGGGCUGGACCAUUGUAGUGGCCUCCUUCAUGGCCCAGCUUCUGGCCUAUGGCUCCCCCCAGUCUGUAGGGGUGCUCUACCCAGAGUGGCUGAGUGCCUUCCAGGAGAGUAAGGGAAUGACUGCAUGGGUGGGCUCCCUGGUGUCUGGGGUUGGACUCAUUGCCAGUCCCAUCUGCAGUGCCUGUGUAGUGAACUUCGGGGCCAGGCCAGUGACCAUCUUCAGCGGCGUCAUGAUCUCUGGAGGCCUCAUGCUGAGCGCCUUCGCCCCCAGCGUCCACUUUCUCAUGUUCUCCUAUGGCAUAGUUGUUGGACUGGGCUGUGGGCUUCUGUAUGCUGCUACUGUAACCAUCACAUGCCAGUACUUUGAUAAGAGGCGUGGCCUUGCCCUUGGCAUCGUUACAACAGGUACGAGUGUCGGAGGAUUCCUUUAUGCCACUGCACAGAACGAGUUCCUGGAGCUCUUUGGUCUCGAGGGCUGUCUGCUGCUCAUCGGCUCCUUCGCACUGAACAUCAUAGCCUGCGGUGGACUGAUGAGGCCGUUGCACUUGCCUGCUUACUACCUCAAACAGAGAGCAGCCCUGGUGGAGAAGGUGGAGGAGAAGCGCAGAGAAAGGCCGCUGGUCAGGGAGAGCUCCAUCAAAAAGAACUUGCCUGUCACUGACCUGCUGAUCACCAUCGACACUAAAGACCCUCUGGCUUACGAGAAGAGCUUCCUCAGCUGCUCGGCUCUGGUGAAGCUCCUCAAGAAGAAGCAGAAGGCCUACUCUGACUAUUUCCGCCUCAUAGCGGAGCGGCUGCAGGACCGCGUCUUCGUGGCCAUGUGUGUAGCUCUGUUCCUCUACAGUCUGGGCGCCUUUCCUCCACUGCUGUUUCUGGAAGACGUGGCCCAGAGCGAGGGGUUGAUUGAAGGGAUCAGUGUCAUCCCCCUGGUGUCUAUCAUCGCCAUGGCGGCUGGAGUCGGGAAGCUCCUGCUGGGUGUGGUGACAGACAUUCACUGGAUGAACAGCGUGUAUCUCUACGCCUUCACUCUGGUGGGCAGCGGGGCGGCUCUGCUGGUAAUCCCGCUCACCAAAAGCUACGUUGGGCUCCAGGUCAUCUCAGCCGUGCUGGGGUUCUUCUCAGGGAACUGGUCUGUCACGCCCUACAUGACCACCAAGGUGGUGGGCAUGGAGCGCCUCACAGAGGCCUACGGGAUCUUGAUGUUCUUCGGUGGAUUUGGGAUUAUGCUGGGACCUCCAGUUGUAGGCUGGUUCUAUGACUGGAUGCAGUCCUAUGACCUGGCCUUCUACUUCAGCGGGACCUGUGUGCUGCUGGGUGGAGUGCUGCUGCUGCUCUCUGGCAUGCUCUGCUGGGAUGUCAACCGCGAUCCAGAGGCAAAACCAGAUGAAGAGUGCACUGACGACUGUGACAAAGUGGCUGCUGUAGCCUGAAGUACAAAUGCACAACCUUUUCUUUGCUGGUAAUCUGCCUCCUGCAGACACUGACUGAACGGGAGGCUGAUUUAAUUUCUUUUCCUUUUUUCCUAUUAUGGGUUUUGCCUUAUUGUCGAUUUAUUAUUAUCUGUGUUAUUUUGAAAUGGAACUUGACUUUGUGUUUUUGAACAUAAGGUAAAAACUGAUGGACGUGAGCUUGUCCUCAGUUGUUUUUUUCCUGGCCUUGUUUUAUGAGGCUCCAGAAUAUGAAGAUGAGAUUUUGGAACUUUUAAAUGUUUUUUUUUCCCAGUUGAAGUGCAUGUAAAUGCCUCCCUAAACUUUUAUAUGCUGGUAAUUGGGAUCACAGUGCAAUGCCAAACAGAAAUAUUUUAUUUAUAUAAGAUCCCAAUGUCAGAGAAGGCUGUAAUUGUUAUUUUUUACAUAUGCAACACUAAACAAACAGUUUAAACAAUGACAAAACAUUUUACAAAAAGGAUUUUACAGUGUUUUGGUGACAUCUUGACAUUUCGUUGUGAGUUUUGUACCAAAAUACAAAGUGUUUUUGUUUUUAAGUUUUUUUUUAGAGUCGACAGUCUCGUACAUCACAAACUGUAAAGCAAGAUGGUUUACUUCAUGCUGCUUCUACGUCAGAGGCACGUCUUGUUUUACAGGGUGACCAGUCUGAUGACUCAGAGUGGAUUUGUUUGUUGAAUAAACAUAUUAGCAGACCAGGCUUGAUCUGUUUUCAGACGAUUUGAUAUAAAGCAAUAUGUACAUGUGUGUAAACAUGUUGUAACCACUUUUUGUCACUUUGGUUCAUUUCUCUUUGUAUUCUCUUUGACCUAAUUCUUGUAGUUUGUCUUUUUUUUUACUUGCACUGCUGUAGACUGCACAGUGUUUGUAUGAUUAUUAAUUAGUGUUUUAGCUGACUUUGAGACAAAAUAUUACUUGAACUAGGUCUCUAUGAUGUUAGCAGUGUAAAAACAUGACAGACAUCAUGGAAUUGUUUUUUGGAUAUGGUGCUGGCAGGUGUGUGUUGACCCCGUACACUGUCUUAAACCAUGUGAAGCCAACUGUGUUAUUUAUGUAUUUAAAAUGUCAUUUUCACUUUUUGACGUGUUUUUUAGAUAAAAAUAAAAAAAUGCAUAAAGCUUGAUAGCAUUGGCUUGAA